AUGGGCGGUGUUGGCUGUGCUCUAUCUAAGAUUCAAAUACUGUCACUUCUGGUAUGUUAUGAGUUUGUGAUUACCCAUCAGCUGAAGGACAAAUCGGCGAACGAUAUGGCCUGGAUUGGAUCGCUGGCCGCUUUUCUCCAGUUUGCAGCAGGCGCCAUUGGAGGACUAUUAUUCGACCGUUAUGGUGCCCUGGUAUGA